GCGCAUGUGCAGUGGUGGCGUCGGAAGUUAUGAUUAGUUUUCUAGCAGACAAGUGCGAGAGAAAGUUUUAAAGUAAAGGAGUCGAACAUCAGGUGAAGUUGUUAGUUUCGUUUUCACGACAACAACAUUCCACCAUCUACACCAAUGGCGGCAAUUGCUGAGCAGCGAAUAAAGCGAGAAUUUCGGGAAGUUAUCAGCAGCGAAGAGGUUGAAAAAUGUCGUAUCAGAGUGGAAUUAGUAAAUGAUAAAUAUGAUGAAUUAAAAGGUGAAAUAGCUGGGCCUCCAGAAACGCCCUAUGAAGGUGGUAAAUUUCAACUAGAAAUUAAAAUUCCUGAGACAUAUCCAUUUAACCCUCCAAAAGUACGGUUUGUCACUAGAAUUUGGCAUCCCAAUAUUAGUUCUGUAACAGGAGCUGUAUGUUUAGAUAUUCUAAAAGACCAAUGGGCUGCUGCCAUGACCCUUCGAACAGUUCUAUUAUCACUUCAAGCCUUACUAGCAGCUGCUGAACCUGAUGAUCCCCAAGAUGCUGUAGUUGCAAGGCAGUAUAGAGAGAGGCAAGAUGUGUUCCAAAAAACAGCCACUCAUUGGACGAAUGUAUAUGCAAGCGGUAGUGACCUAAUCGUGUACGUGAUUUAGAAGAUAAAGUAUUUCAAUUAACAAACAUGGGAUUUGAAGAGGACCAAGCCCGAGUAGCCUUAUCCUCACAUGACUGGGACACACCCCAAGCAACAGACUUUUUACUAAACUAAUGGUUUUGCUACUUGUUUAUAGAGAGCCAUUUCUCUCUCUUUCUCUCUCUCUCUCUCUCUCUCACUCUCUCCCAUAUAUAUAUAAUAUUUACAUGCAUAUACAUACAUACAUACAUACAUACAUAUAUAUAUGUGUGUGUGUGUGUGUGUAUGCAUGUAAUUUCUCUUCUCUUCCCAGCCUCUCUCUGCAACCUGCUGGUUCAUCUGGUGAGAAUCGUGUGGUUGUGUGCGUAUUUGUGUCUGUAAAUGGAUGCUAGUUUUUUGGGUUUUUUUUCCUGGUUAGAAAUUGUUUUACCGUGGGGAAUAAAUGAAUAUGAACUGUUUCACUUGGAUGAAUCUGGGGCGUAGAGCAAGGGUUGUCUUUGGGUGGGGGAAGUGUACAUGUUUUUAACAUGGAUAGGAUUUGUGAUGAUUGUAUUUUAAAAAGAAAUUAACAAAUUAAUGAUGAUUUUAAAAGAAAUGGAUGUCUAUGUAUAAUGCGUGAAUGUGUACUACAAAUUUAUUCAGUUAACCCUUUCAGUCCAUUGACUCCCCCUCCCGCCAAAAUUGUUAUUGCACCAGGAUUGUUAAAAAAGGAUUUAAAAAAAAAACGUUAAAAAAUUUAACAAAAGCUUAAAAAACAAACAAACAAAAAUUUUAAUAAAAUGUAACUUGGAGACAACACACCCCUGACCCCCUGGAAAAAAACAAAAAAACAAAAAACCCAUUACAUCACAUGCUUUAAUAACAAUGAUUUUAACCAAAGUUUAACCAAGUUCAGAUUUGGUAGCAAUUUAAUGCUAAUAAAAGAAAGAGACAUUGAAAUCUUCAAAUGCAAUUCAUCCUUUUUCUCUUAAUGUUCUUUUAACAUUUUUUUUUUUUUACCCCUAAUAUAAUUGCUCUUAAUUACCAUUUUGAAUAUUGAUUUUGAUAUUUUUGUUUCUAAACGUGUAAUAAUUAUAUUUUUUCUAUAUUUUACUAACACCCCUACUCAGUAUGUUAUAAUCAUAUUUACUAAAUGAUAAUGUAACUAGUAAUACUACUGCUGCUGCUGCUACUACUACUACUACUAUUACUACUACUGUUGCUACUGUUUGAUACUUGGAGUUUUGAAAAACAUACUGAUGUUAAGUAGUGUGUGUUUUCCUGGUUAACCUGUGUGUGUGUGUGUAGAACAAAAUAAGCAAAGCAUGAUUGUGGUAUCCAGAGCUUUAUAGGACAUGCAUGUAUUUCAGCAAAAUGCUGAAAUAUUUAUAUAACAGUAUACAAGGGUGAGUCAAAAAGUAAUACCAUAUUGUUUAGGACAGGUAUAAUUACCAACGGAGGAACAUGUAUCAUUACAUCAAAAUGAAGUUGGUCCUCUGUGGAUCACAUCCCUACUCCUCAAAUAGCAAAUGUUCCACCUUCAAAUGAGAGCAUGUAUCCCUGCCCUGUAAAAUUCUGUUGACUGUUCUUUGAGCCUCUUCUUCACUACAGUUUUCACUUCCUUGUCACUGGACUAUCAUCGUCAUGAGACUAUCAUCUCUUUGGGCCCCUUGAAAGAGGGUUUAGAGGUAAACAUUAUUCCAGUGACAAGGAAGUGAAAACUGUAGUGAAGAAGUGGCUCAAAGAACAGUCAACAGAAUUUUAUGGGGCAGGGAUACAUGCUCUCAUUUGAAGGUGGAACAUUGCUAUUGAGAGAAAUGGUGACUACGGUGAGUAGAGAUGUGAUCCACAGAGGACCAGCUUCAUUUUGAUGUAUGUUACAUCAUGUUCCUCUGUUGGUAAUUAGACCUGUCCUAAACAAAAUGGCAUUACUUUUUGACACACGCUUACAGAAACAUUAUGCAAAUGAUUGAACCUGGCUUGUCACAUAAAUAGCAGACAAAGCAUCACAUCAAGGAAGUCCAAACAAUUACCACACCUCUUUCAAAACCAAUGGAUGUAUAUUCUACUGUAAUACAAAAUACUAUAAUAUGCUCUUGAGAGGGAAGGUUAAUAAGGUAGCAUUAAGAAUCCUUGUAGUACUAGGGAUGAGAUUGUUAGGAACUUUAGUAUAUCCAAUGCAGAUCAGGUCUUGCUGCUAACCCCAAGAGGAUGGUGGGGGUUGUCUACUCACCACUGUGACAGUCAGAUGUCUAGGAGGGUGGCACAGUUCAUCAGGUCCCACUGGAAUCCUAGACCUGUUCAUUAUGGGGUAGUUGGGUCGAUAGUCUCUAGGCCUACUUCCAUAUGGGGUGCAGCCCAACACCCAGAACUAAGCCUGCUGGAUGAUAGAUCAAGGAUCUCUUCCCACUCCCUAGGGGAUGGGUAUAACCCAUCCUAAGAAUAAGAGGGGAAAGAAGGGGUAGGUGAUUUGUAGUUGCCUGCUCUUUCUCCUUGAAUGUCAAAAUGAACAUCCUAUAGAUCCUUGUAAUUGCCUUUCCAUCACAUGAUAGAUACCUCAGUGUCUUUAACAGAAGUACCAUUAAGCUGUCCUUCUCUACUACUCUUCAUAUGGAAAGUAUUAUAACCACCUCCAAAAGAGCAAAGGUUGCUAAGCAUUUUGUGCACACUGAUUUUGGUGGAAUAUUGACUUCUGGGGCUGUUCUUGAAGUUGGAUCAGACAUUCCAUCAGAUUGGCACUCAGAUUGAUAUCAGGAGUGGUCAGUCAAGGGAUUGAUGGGACUUCAGAGAAUUCCUCUGAUUUGGGUGAAUGUGGACACUUUGCUUUGGCAGGUUCUCUCCUCCAACAACUGAACCCCUGCCCAGUUGUAGCUGCCAGACCCCUGCAACUGUCCUCCUACAAGUACAAUGUAAUAUAUAAAUGUGAGGUGGUUAUACAUAAUAGCAGUAAGUUUUACAUAGGGACCACUAUUCAUCUCAUGAAACAACACUCCUCCAAUCUGAAACCUAGGCACUCUGCCUCAUUAGCCAAAUCUGUCCACAUGUUAAACAAUAAUAUAGAGUUAGUUAUGACAUGUACUGGUCAGGAUUGGAGAAUGUGGUACCUUACCAGGGAGGUAGGUUAUGCACCAGGAAAGGGUUAGAAAUUAUUUUGGGCAGCGGUAAGGGCAUUCUUAAUAAAUGUGACAAAAUAGGGUUCUGAUGCUGAGAAAGAACCUGGACCAUGAUGUACUAUUGUACACUAAAAAAAAACCCACUACACCCUAACAUGAGUGGGUGUUUACCCACCUGUAUGUUGAUUUCAACUCCUUUCAUUUAUUGUUUGGGCCUCUCAUCUCUUACCCCUUUCUGAGUAUAUCGUAUAUAUAUAAUCUUGUACUUGUUUCACCACCACCUUGAAGUUGAACAAAUUGACCCCAGGAUUUUUUUUCAAAGCCAA